AACCCCAACCCCCCAUCACCGCCCCAUCUCCAUUCCUCCCCUGCACAGCGAGCAGACGCAAUGGCUUCCCGGCGGCUCGCACUCAACCUGCAGCAGAGCAUGCGCUCUCGCUCCGCCAUCAGCGCCGUCAAGUCAUCGAGACAGUCGCCUUUGACACGAGGCCUGGCCACGCCCAUUUCCUACGGCGCAAAGACCGAGUCGACCACGCUCAAGAAUGGCUUCACGAUUGCUACCGAGCACUCCCCGUGGGCCCAGACCUCCACCGUCGGUGUGUGGAUCGACGCAGGAAGCCGCGCAGAGACGGACGAGACCAAUGGAACUGCACACUUCUUGGAGCAUCUUGCUUUCAAGGGCACCCAGAAGCGCACGCAGCAGCAAUUGGAACUCGAGAUUGAGAACAUGGGCGGACACUUGAACGCCUACACUUCGCGCGAAAACACCGUCUACUACGCCAAGGCUUUCAACAACGACGUCCCCGCCGCCGUCGACAUUCUCUCUGAUAUCCUCCAAAACUCCAAGCUCGAGCCCGCCGCGAUUGAGCGCGAGCGUGAUGUCAUUCUCCGCGAGCAGGAAGAGGUAGACAAGCAGCUUGAGGAGGUCGUUUUCGACCACCUCCACGCCACCGCUUUCCAGGGCCAGCCCCUCGGCCGCACCAUCCUCGGACCCAAGGAGAACAUCCAGAGCAUCCAGCGCGCCGAUCUCGAGAACUACAUCAAGACCAACUACACUGCUGACCGUAUGGUCCUUGUCGGUGCUGGUGGCAUUCCCCACGAGCAACUCGUCGACCUUGCCGAGAAGUACUUUGCCAACCUACCCUCCGAGCCCCAGGACUACUCUGCCAAGUCUCUUGCUGCUGAGCAGAAGCAGAAGCCCGACUUUGUUGGAUCCGAGGUUCGUCUCCGUGAUGAUACCAUGGGUACCGCCAACAUUGCCAUCGCCGUUGAGGGUGUGAGCUGGAGCGACCCCGACUACUUCACUGCGCUCGUCACACAGGCUAUUGUUGGCAACUGGGACCGCGCCAUGGGUACCUCUGACUACCUUGGUAGCAAGCUCAGCAACUUUGUCUCCCAGCAUGGUUUGGCCAACAGCUUCAUGAGCUUCUCCACCAGCUACUCUGACACUGGUCUCUGGGGUAUCUACCUCAACAGCUCCAACCUGACCCAGCUUGACGACCUUGUCCACUUUACCCUCCGCGAGUGGACUCGCCUUUCCAUGAACGUCAGCUCUGCCGAGGUUGAGCGCGCCAAGGCCCAGCUCAAGGCCUCCAUCCUUCUUGCUCUUGACGGCACCACUGCCGUUGCCGAGGACAUUGGUCGCCAGAUUGUUACUACCGGCCGCCGGUUAUCACCCGAGGAGGUUGAGCGCGUUGUUGGCCGCAUCACAGAGAAGGACGUGAUGCAAUUUGCCCGCAACAGGCUAUGGGACAAGGACGUUGCCAUUUCUGCCGUCGGCCAGAUUGAGGGUCUUUUGGACUACAACCGUAUCAGGAACGACAUGAGCAGGAUGCUUUCAUAAGCAUGUGUAAGUAAGAGGAGAAAAGUAGGGGAGGGGGGCAGAGAGUGUGUAUCUGUGUCUGUGUUGGUGUAGAGUUAUAGAGUUGGCAGCUGUGAGCGUUUUUCUCCGAACAGCAUGCGAGACCUGUAUUUUGUGUACACUUAUGUCGAAUUUGACAAAGAAGAUUUU